UAAACAGAUGAAGUACGAGACGUUGAGACGUGCCUACUCUACCUACCCAAAACAAAUGUCCGAUCUUGCGCCCAUUUCGUAAGUUCCUCGAACGACUAUUUCGAUUGACGCCCUACUAAAAUUAUUUUUAAAUUAUAUUUGGGCAAAUGUGCACUAUGAGUUCUUAAAAGAACCAUUUCGAUUCGAGUGUAUUAUAUUUUGUUAGUUUGUUGAAGAAUUUAGUGUUUUAUAUUUAUCGUCUCGGCCGUACUUAGACGAUAGGAAUCAAGUUUCAUUACAAAUAAAAGUGUUUGCGUAAGUUCAGCGUAAUCAUUUCGCGAAGGAUAAAUAAAUUGUCUUGGGAUAAAUAUCCGUUUGACCGUCAAGAUGGCAGUGAGCAGACCUUUCACCUGGUAGCGCUCGAGUAAUCGGGCAGGAUCCUCGAUGAGCGUCUCGACGGAGGGUGUGCGCGGCGCGGGUGCGGGCUCUGACGAGUGCUGUGUGCGAUGGUGAUAGCAAAGCGAAAAGUUAAAAAGCCGGUGUACAACACGAGCACUAUCAAAAACAUGGAUUACAACUGGGCACCAGGUCCAGAGCCCCCUAACAACCAGGAGAUAGGGGUGCCGAAAGCGCUGUUCGUUCCACAUUCCAACUCCUUGCCGUUUGAAGAGAGAAGGGUCACCCUGGAGCAACCUGUCAAGAUUGGACGCAAUGUAUAUCGAGCGACUCCCAGCCCAACAAAUACCAUCUUCGAAUGUCGAGUGCUAUCGCGGCACCACGCAACGCUCUACUAUGACAAAGGACACUUUUACCUCGUGGACAACCAAAGCAGCAACGGCACGUUCAUCAACAACAACCGGUGUUCGAUAUCGAAGGAGCAGGAGCCGCACGAGGUGUUCUCGGGGGACGUGGUCCAAUUUGGCAUUCCCGUCGUUGAGAAUGCUACCAAUUCGGAGAAGAACACGUUCCCGCCCGUGGUUGCGCUACUCAAGCUGUUUCACCCAGACGGCAAAGAGGCGAAGCUGUCUUUCAACCCCACCAUGACCACGCCGCUGCACCUCAAGGAACUGUAUCAGCUGAACAACUUCAUACAGGAGGCGAUCCAGCGCGAGGCCUCGCUCGAGGGGCGGCUGCGGGCGCUCCGCGAGUGCGUGCAGCGCACGCAGGCCGAGGCGCGCGCCUCGUGGGAGCUGUUCGUGGGCGAGCAGCGGCUGCUCAUGCGCGUGCACACGCUCGAGACCAUGCUCGCGGCCGGCAAGCAGCCCGAGGCGGCGCACGUGGCGCAGCUGCUGCACGACAAGAAGAACUACCAGGAGGUGGCAACAGAGAGCCUUCGAGCCGCGCACGAGCAACGACUAGCGCUCGAGGAGACCCUCGAGCGGCGCGGACGGGAGACCGCCGCGCUACUCGAGCACAACGCCGCGCUGCGGCUCGCCGCCAAGAACGCCACGGCCGAGCUACAGAAGCUGGCAGCGCGGUGCGAGCGCAAGAUGUGCGCGGCGCGCCUCGCCAUCGCCGCCGCCGAGGAGCGCGAGCUGGCCGCCCGCAGCCAGCUGCCGCUCGCCUACUCAGUACAAAACGGCGAGGCAAAAAUGCUGGUACUAAGCACGGACAGCAACAAGCUGGCGGAGGCGAAACGCACCGGCACUCUGGAGGACGCCGUGCGCGCGCUGCCCGACUACAUCAAGCUGCUGCUGCCGCAACACCUGCUCAACAAGGUCGGCAUUAAAGCCAUAUCCGCAGAGGGCAAAUCGGCGAAAGAAUUCGAAUUGAUAUUGAAGAAGAAUAAUAUUUAUGAUGAAGAAAACAAAGAGAAAGAUGAAGUGUCAGACGGGUCGGCGGGCGAGGAUGGCGGCAGCGGCGAGGAGAAAACCGGCGAGAACGACCUCUGCACCGACGACGAGAAGCAGCUGAGGCUCAACCACGAGCCAGACCGAGACGGGUCGUCGAGCCCGCUGGACGGCGAGUUGCGCGCCGACAACAACGCCAACUCCACAUACACCGAGCCCGACACUGAGGAUUCGCCGACGGGCGGAGGCGUAGAGUACGCGAACAUCCUGCGCGUGAUGGCCGGCCUGAACGAGGAGAUCCGCGCGCUGCGCGAGCGCGUGUCGGCGGCCGGGGCCGAGGCCGAGCAGCUGCGCGCCGUGCGCGACGAGCUGCUCGCCGCCGAGCCCCCGCCCGCGCCGACACACGCCGGCCACGACGACCUGCGACACGCGCACGCCAAGAUAGACGACCUGCAGGCCCAGCUGAAGAGGUCGACCGCCGUGGAGGAGGCGAACCUCGCCGAGAUCCAGCGGCUCGCGUCGAGCGCGGCGUGGAUGCAGGCCGAGCUCGCGUUCCGGCCCACGCGCGCCUACGUGGACGACCUCACCGCCGACGUGGCCGCGCUGCGCGCCGACCUGCACGCCCGCGCCGCCACCGCCGACAAGGCCGUCGAGACCGAGCGCGACGACCCCGCCGCCGCGCGGAACAUAUCCGCCGACAUCGACGAGAUGUUCCGCCUCGACUACGACGACGACACGGAGUCGGUCGCGACGGAGAUCGACACGGCGCCCGAGCCGGUCGCCGACCAGGAGCGGCUGGCUGCAAGCGCGCUGCACUCGCUGCAGGAGGAGCUGGUGCGCGCCAAGGAGAGCUGGGCCGAGGCGUGCGCCGAGCGCGCGCGGCUCGCCACGCAGCUCGCCGCGCUGCAGCACAAGCCGCGCCUGCCGCCGCGCCUGCUCGCCGUCGCGCUGCCGCUGCUGGCCGCCGCGCUGUACUGGCUGCUGCCCUACCUGUCCUGAUUAACGGCCACGUGGGACCCGCCCGGGUACCAGUAGC